AUGUCCUCCAACGGUCGAAACUCACCGCCGCUACCUUCGCCGGAUACUCGCCGACGUGCUUCAGUCACCAGCCAGACCUUCCAGGACCUGUUCGGCCGGUCAAACAGCUAUGUAGGCCAGCAACAGCCCUCUUCAGGCCCCAUCACCACAGCAGCCGCCAAUGCUCAGCGGCGGCGGCUCUCGCUCACCACCCUUGGUCUUGGUGCCUCGCCCGGCCAGACAUCACCCUUCCUCCAGACCCCGCGAACCCGAACCGAGAGCAUCUCCAGCGCCAACUCUGGCUCUGUCGACGAGAGCCCAUUCGAGGAUGAUUACGCCCCUUCCACGUCUGCUAGCAGCAGCAACCCGGCCACACCCUUUGUUCGACGGCUGAGCUUCGGAGCUCGUGCAAUGCGGGAUGUCAGGCAGAGCAACGGAGGCGUUGGGAACCCAAAUGGUAGACCACCCAUCCAUAAAGCUUCCUCUCCCCCGACUGGUCGAGGUCGAGGUCUGUCUUCAUUGUCGCAGUCAUUGCCCUCUUCCGCUACCUUGCUUCGUCCCUUUACCCAUGCACAUUCGCGGCGAUCUACAUCUAUAUCACACAUCUGGCCUUCCACUAUUGCAGAGCAGUCCGAGAAUAUACUGGGAAACUACUCGCUAACAUCGUCUUCAACAGGCGAAGGUUACAAUUUCGCUGAGAACCUCCGAUCGCGAGCCGAGCGAGGCUCCAUCUCCGGCCCUAGCGGAAUGUUGAGCCCGUCUCCUCCAACGCACCAGCGUGCUAAGAGUGUCACAAUCAUGGAGCCACCUGCCCGCGAGAUGCCCAAGCCCAAGGUGCCCGACGCCAUGCAGGAGCGGAUCCUCAAAGGCGACUUCUACAUGGAUUAG